UCACACUGGCUGCAGUCGGGCACUCCGGCCCGAAACGAUACGACGUGUGCUUGUGAAAAAAAUAAAAAAAGUUGCCGCGCUUUUUUGACAGUGACAGUUAUUUUGGUGGCUUUCUUUGGAAAUGUGACAGUUUGUGUAUUUUAUUUUUGCAACGAAUUUGAGUUGCCUUGAGCUGUUGGAAAACUAGAGAAUUGAAUAUUCAAAUCACAAUGGGUCAUAAGCAGUACAUGGCAGUGGGUCAGACCGCUCGUAAUCGAUUCUUCGGUCUCAGUCCCAAGCCUGUACCACUAAGCAUGCUGAUAUCUCAACAGGGCAAAUUAAAUCAUGGGCGUCUCGCUGUUAUAACUUUCAGCAUAGCAACAGUGGUUCUUGGCGUGAUACUGUCGUUCGUACCCUGGCUCGACUAUAUCAUAUUUAAGGAAUUGAAAUUAUGGAAUGGGUCGUUGAGUUACAGCUAUUGGCAAAGACCUGGUGUCAUCAGGCUGACCAAGGUCUACAUCUUCAAUGUCACCAACCCUCAAGGGUUCCUGGAGAAUGGGGAGAAACCAAAGCUCACUGAAAUAGGCCCUUUUGUGUACAGGGAGGACAUGGAGAAAGUUAAUAUAAAAUUCCACGACAACGACACUGUCACCUACCAGCACAACAAGAUACUACGCUUCGUGCCUGAACUGUCGGUGGACAAAAAUCUGAAGCUGGUCGUGCCAAACAUACCUCUCCUGACAGUAACCUCGUUCUCUCCGAAUCUCGCUGGCUGGCUUUUCAAUCUCCUAGCCACCGGCCUCUCGAUAACUUACAGAGAGCGAGCCAAACCUUUCGUCCACGUGACUGCUGAACAACUGGUCUUUGGUUACGACGAUCCGUUAGUCACUCUCGCUCAUUACUUCUACCCAAAAGGAAAGAGACCUAACACACAAAUGGGGCUCCUGCUUGCUAGGAACGGUACUCUAGAGGAGGUGUCCACGAUACAUACCGGAGAGGACAUGGAAAGUUUUGGAUAUUUAGAUCGCAUCAAUGGUAUGGACCAUCUGCCCCAUUGGAGCGAUAAACCCUGUAAUGACAUAAGAGCCUCCGAGGGUUCCUUCUUCCCGCCGCGUCUGUCUACCAAAGCGGACACUGUCUAUGUUUACGACAAAGAUUUGUGCAGAAUACUUCCGUUCACCUACAGGAAGGAUGUAUACAUAAAUGGUAUACAAACUGGUCUCUACACUCCACCAAACUCGACCUUCGAGAGCGCAGACGUGAAUCCUGACAACAAAUGUUUCUGCCAAGGAGAGAAAUGUCCUCCGCGUGGUCUACAAAAUAUCAGCCCCUGUCAAUACAACGCUCCCGUUUAUUUGUCCUACCCUCACUUCUACGAUGCUGAACCGUCGUUGCUGGAACGCUUCGAAGGACUUAAGCCAGAGCAAAACAAACACGAGAGCUACUUCUACAUACAGCCGAAAAUCGGCGUGCCUCUGGAAGGUCAAGUUCGUGUCCAACUCAACCUGAAGGUGGAUCGCGCUCCCAACAUCAUGGUCAACGACAUUCACAAAUUCCCAGACAUUAUAUUUCCCAUUAUGUGGGUCCAAGAGGGUAUUGAAGGCGUCAGCACGCCGAUUUGGCGAUGGAUAUUCCUCGCCACAACCUUCGGCCCGAUCGCUGCACCCAUCAUAUCCUACUCUCUGAUAGUCUUCGGUCUUGCCAUUCUCAUACACGCCUUCAUAAAGGCAUACAAAAACAUCGUCAUAGGCCAAAAUUCCUUAGAAAUAGUUGAAAUAGGAAGAGAAACUAUUAGAAGGAGUUCUACACUCCUAAUGAACAGCUCCCAAAAACUUUUGGCACACAAAGAAACGUCGUACAGACCUCUGAGCCAGUCCACUCCCUCGUCCGCCCACGGCAGUCAGGAGGGGAGGCUGCAGGAGCUCAAUUAUAUCGAUAAAACGGACAAUAUAAGUCAGAGUAUCGAUGAAUUGAAAUCGAUACUCAAUAGGGAUUUCGUGAAAACAAAUUUCUGUGAAACAGAAAAAGAAUCGCUGAUACAUUCGGAUAACGCUUUCAUAGUAUCCGAACAUCGUCGAUGUAGAGUUUUUAAAGUGCCUGAUAGUUAUUAUUGAUAAUGAAAAUAGUUCAUAAAUAAUUUUACCAGCUGUAACAUCAAACAUCAAACAUGAGGAACAUGGAGAUGAUUUUAAUACAAUAGAUGAUUUAAUUCCAAAUUUUACUUAUAUUUAUACUAUCUUUAAAAUAACGAACUACACGUGUGAUUAAAAACAUAUUUAAUCUGUAUUUGCUCAAUGAAUGUUGCCAAUAUAAAUAUUAUGAAAAUAAAUUCGUCAAACAGUUUACGGUAUCGUAUAAAAUAUAUAAUAAUUUGUACAAAUGUGAUCUACGCGAUUGUAAAUAUAUUACAUACCGACUGCAAUAUAUAUAACAAAUGCAUAAUAAAACGGACCAAUCACGCUAGUCGACAUACAUAGUGUAUCGUUAAAAAAGUACAUCGAAUUUGAUCUAAAUAAAUAAUAUUAUUGCCAAGCUAGAUCUGAAUAUCCUAAGGAAAAUGUUACCAUAUUGUAAAAGUGUAUUGAUUAAGUUUCUUUAUCUAUAUAUUCCGAUAUAUUUUACGUUAUCUUGUAAUCAUUUUUCCUCAAUUCGUCAUGAUUAAUACCGAUGUAUUUUUGGGUAUUUUUACGCUUAUAUUUAGACAUACGGGGAUGAUUAUGGGAGGUUACGAGAUUUAUAUAAAUGUAUGAAAUACAUUAUUUUUUUAUAUAUAUAUUAGAUGCGGAUAUCUAUGAGGUGUUUAUAGUCAAUUACUUUGGCGAUAAUUGUGAAGUAUUCCUUUUUGAAAUUUUGCUCAAUUUUUGGGGGAAAUCUUUAGAAUAAUAUGUAGGGCUGGGCAUCGACACCAUCUACAACUAACAGUCCAGAUAACUUCACCAGGAUUAUUAUCUAGGUCAAGUAUAUCAACUUUUUAGGAUACAAAAAUUAGCUAACAUAUCUCAACCAUUAAUAUUUCCAUGAUGUUACUUCAACGCUUUAUAAAACGAUACAAAAAUCUAUAAAAUAUAUUUUUUAAUAUUUCAGUCCUGCAGCUAUAAUAAAUUUUAAAUUUAUCUUAACCGUGAUAUAAAAUUAAAACCUUCUCCAAUCAAAUACGAUUUCUGAACGAUUGAUGUGUGAGUACUGUCAGAAUUUUAGCGCCAAAAAGCUAUUCGAAAUAUAGUUUACUAUAUGUCACUCAAUGAGAUGGUGUCGAUGUGUUUAUAAUGUUUGUGAAUAAUAUAUAUCUAUUUAUUGUUCCAGUUAUUGAAAUCUUUUAUAUAAUUGUCAUAUAUAAUUCACAAACGGCAUAAUAUUGUUUAAUCAAAGCUCAUAUUAAGCUUUAAAAAAGAAGACUUCGUUCUAAUACCUUAGUUAAUGUAAGUACAUUCCAAUUUAUACGUCAUGAAAGGGUAGUAAGGAUUAUUUUAUGGUUAAAUGUAAAUAAUUAAUGUUUUAAGGCAAUUUUGUAUUCAAUUCCUUGUUUAUAAUAAAAAAUAAAUAAAAUCA